AUGUCAGUAAGUUCUAAUCCAUACGGUCCAAACCCAUCGGACUUUCUUUCCAACGUCAACAAAUUCGAAGUUAUUGAAAGUACAUUGAGAGAAGGUGAACAAUUUGCCAAUGCCUUCUUCUCCACUGAAAAAAAGAUUGAGAUUGCUAAAGCUUUGGAUGAUUUCGGUGUCGAUUAUAUUGAAUUAACCUCGCCAGUUGCUUCUGAUCAGAGUAGAAAAGACUGUGAAGCCAUUUGUAAAUUGGGCUUGAAAGCUAAAAUAUUGACUCACAUUAGAUGUCAUAUGGACGAUGCUAGAGUAGCUGUAGAGACUGGUGUUGAUGGUGUUGAUGUUGUUAUUGGUACUUCACAAUUUUUGAGACAGUAUAGUCAUGGUAAAGACAUGAAUUAUAUUGCUCAAAGUGCUAUUGAAGUUAUUGAGUUUGUCAAAUCUAAAGGUAUUGAGAUUAGAUUUUCCAGUGAGGAUAGUUUUAGAUCAGAUAUCGUUGAUUUGUUGAACAUUUACCGUACAGUUGACAAAAUUGGAGUAAAUAGAGUUGGUAUUGCCGAUACUGUUGGUUGUGCCAACCCAAGACAAGUUUACGAGUUGGUUAAGACCUUGAAAUCAGUCGUAUCGUGUGACAUUGAGUGUCAUUUCCACAAUGAUACUGGAUGUGCCAUUGCUAAUGCUUAUACCGCAUUGGAAGCUGGAGCUAAAUUGAUUGAUGUCUCCGUGUUGGGAAUUGGUGAACGUAAUGGUAUCACCCCUCUUGGUGCAUUGAUGGCCCGUAUGAUCACUGCUGAUCGUGACUAUGUCUUGUCCAAAUAUAAAUUACACAAAUUGAGAGACUUGGAAAACUUGGUGGCUGAUGCAGUACAAGUAAAUAUCCCAUUCAAUAAUCCAAUCACUGGAUUCUGUGCAUUCACUCAUAAAGCUGGUAUUCAUGCUAAAGCAAUUUUGGCUAACCCAUCAACGUAUGAAAUCUUGAACCCAAGUGAUUUUGGAUUGACGAGAUAUAUUCAUUUUGCCAAUAGGUUAACUGGAUGGAAUGCAAUCAAAUCAAGAGUUGAUCAAUUGAAUUUGAAUUUGACUGAUGAUCAAGUUAAAGAAGUUACUGCCAAGAUUAAAUUGUUGGGAGACGUAAGACAAUUGAACAUUGAUGAUGUUGACUCGAUAAUUAAAGACUUUCAUCAAGAACAAUCGACUCCUGCUUUGAAACCAACUGCUGGUGCCGAACCUGUUGUUGCUGUUGAAGAGGAAGUUGAAGUUGAAGAAUCAGAACCAAAAAGACAAAAAGUUUAA